AUGAAAAGGGAUAUGGAUGCGUCCUCAAGAAAGGUCUCAACACUAGAGUACAGGGUGUGGGAAUUGGAGCAUCAAAACACCAAUUUGUCCCGUGAGCUGGUGAAGCAACAGGAGGACAUGAGGAGGGAUGCGUAUGUGUCCUCGAGAAAUGUCUCAACACUAGAGUACAGGGUGCGGGAAUUGGAGCAUCAAAACACCAAUUUGUCCCGUGAGCUGGUGAAGCAACAGGAGGACACGAGGAGGGAUGCGUAUGUAUCCUCAAGAAAGGUCUCAACACUAGAGUACAGGGUGCGGGAAUUGGAGCAUCAAAACACCAAAUUGUCCCGUGAGCUGGUGAAGCAACGGGAGGACACCAAGAAGGCAGGUUUGUUGUUCAUGAAUGCUGCGGAUAAGUACGAAGAAGAAGCAAGGAAGCAACUUAGCAAAAAGGUAGAGGAAUUGGUGAACACAAGGAAUGCGGGCCAGGUGAUAAUGAACACCGCCGAUGCGUAUGAAGAGGCAGCAAGAAAGCAAAUUAAGGAAAAGGUGUGGGAAUUGGAGGACACAAGGAAAGCGGUUAUUGUCCUUAUGAACGCAGCUGACACAUACCAAGAAAUAGCAGACAAGCAAAUUAAAGAUAUGGAGGAGGAAUUGAAGGUCAUUGGGGUCGAGAAAGCAGAGAUGGAUGCAAGGGCAGCAUCUUUGGAGGGUGAUUAUGACAAGGUGAAGGAUGAAAAUGAAAAACUUAGGCUGGAGGUUGAGAGGCUCAUGAUGGAAUUGGGUGUCUUCACUGAGGCGAAAGAUGCAGCUGCAAACUCAUGUAAUACUGAGACACCAGAAAUCAUGAAGGAAUUGGAAAAUCUUGAAACAAAGGUGGAGGAAACUCAAGCUAGCAUGGAUUUGGUGAAAGGUGAAAAUGAUAAACUUCGGUCGGGUAUUUUUUUAAGGGAACAGGAGGGGUUUCCCCCACUGAUUUGA